CCCUGCAGAGAUAUUCCCAGUGGUUCCAGAUUAUUUGUGUCCUUGAUGAGGAAAUCCAGCACUCUCCCCAGGGAUAUGUCUUCACCUAACUAUUGUGCCCUGGAGGUACUUCUGAGAUCAGUCCACCAGCCCUUUGUAAACUCCAGAGGUUCUGUGAUAGCUGUUGCUAGGGUGGUGCCUGACUAUCAUCAUUACAAACAGUCCAGUUUGUCCAGUUUCCCCAGGACAGCAGGGAUCACUCUUAGUACAGUGUCAUUUCCUUCACCUCACCCUUCUUCGUUUUCUAUUGCUCCACACCAGUCACAGGGGUAUCCACAGGUGUCACUUCCUGGCUAUCCCCAAGAAAAGCCAGUAUGGAAUCAUCCAUUUCUGUUCAACAAUGUCCGGGACAAUGCCACUCUCUUCACUCCUGGUGCUGCGCUAGUAAUUGAGUUUUACUUUGCUUCCAUGGCCCUGAAUGAGGUGACAUGGAGGGUGCGUAGUCCAGUGGGGUUUGCCACGUUGCUGCUCGACCAGCAUGUCUACAAGCAGCUGUCAACUGAGAGGGCUGGGAUGGGGCUCAGGGUGGAGGGACUGGUGAUACAGGGUUCAACAUUGAACACUUUUGAUGGAAAAAUGCCUGCAAUAAAUCUUCUGCUGAGAUUGAUCACCAACGAGAGACCGGAUUCCUUGGUAUCAGCAACAAACCCAGACAUCCUCCCAAUGUUGGACUUAACUCAUUCUCAUUCAGACUCUGAAACAGUCCAUGAACCAAAAGCAGAGAUUUUGACAGUGGAUCAUGAUGUAAAUGACACUUUGGGGGAGUAUUUUCACCAGGAGGAGCCCAGUAUACAAGACAGGCCAACAACAGUGGGGCAAGAACAAGAAGAUGACAGUGACUCAGAGAUGGAGCCAGUUUCAGAACCCACCCUCACACUCCAAAGGAAGAAAAAAAAGCCACUGUCUCCUCUCCAAGAUGGAGAAUUUCCUGAUUACAAUGCAAUGACGGCCGUGCUUCCAGAGUACCAGUAUAUUUUCACUGACGCUGAUGAUAAAGAUGCCAAGGCUGGGAAGUCCAAGAAACCAGAGGGAAAUAAAGAAAGGCAAAGUGAUGACUUGGAGAAAACAUCCAUGGCUUUGCUGGACCAUCAAAUGAAAGAGCUAGAAAAUUACCGGGCAGCCAUUCACAAGAUGGGCGAUGACAUUCUCACUCUGAGAAAACAGAUUAAGGACCUGGAGGAUCAGAACAGUGACUUGCGCAGACGUCUGAGCAACUAUAAUGAUGCCACUAAGCUCAUGCUGGACUCAGCUGAACUGGACGGAAUCUCAAAAGCUGAAAUCUGCACAAGAUACAUGUCACUAAAACAGAAACUGGCAAGUCAGACAGCAGAGUUGAAAAAUUACAAGGAGAAAGUACAAAAGUUACAAAAUGAUCUUAUCAAGAAAAAUGACAAGGAAAAAGAGUACAUCAAAAUGAACCAAGCCCACAGCUCUCAGCAGGAAGCCAUUCAGAAACUUCAGACUAAAGCUCAGAAGGUAAAAAAACUUGAAGAUGCCUGCCGACAACAGGAGAAAGUCAUUGAGAGGAUGGAGAAAUUACUGGACAAACAGAGUAAAGGAAAGUCAAAAGGCAUGGACAGCAGCACAGCUACAGAAGCCAAUGAAAUUUUGUUAGCCGAAAAUAGACGACUUAGGAUAGAAAUUGAAGAUCUGAAGGAUAGACCACAUCCUGGCAAGGAGCCAGAAAAUGAUGUAGAGAAGCUUGAGCUGUACCAGGCCCUGGAUAAGGCAGAGGGCAGGAUUAUGUCUUUGGAAAAACAGUUGGCAGAGAACUCCAGACAGUGGGGGAAGGAACGUGCUGAACUGAUGAUAAAGCUGAACGAGGCCGAACAUGGUUUUGGGCGAAGCUCACAGAUGGUGCUACAUGAUUUCCCUCUGAAGUACCCUGACCAGGCCUACGAUUACCCAGAAAAGGAUGGCCCCUCUCGGAGAUUCUCCAAGGGCCCUGGACGUUCCAGGUACCCAGGUUCGCCUAAGCUAGAGCCUCUUCAUUAUAAAUGACAGGCAAGAGAGGCGGGAUAGUCUAAAGAUGGCAUUUAUCAUGCUGUUCAGGUGUGGUAACUCUUUUAACUCAGUCCAGGUGUGGACAUAAAAGCUAUCAAAGUGUGAUGUUAAUCAUCCGGACUCGCUGUGACUUAGACAAGGUGCACAGCAGGAAGCGACACUUUUGUACUGCAACACGCAAGCUGGCUGUAGUAUGAGCACAUCUUGAAUAUUGC